GCCUGAUGAAUGAUUGGGGUGUGUCUCUUCUAUUAGAUGAGGUGGUGCAUGCUUCACCGACAAUGUCCUGCAUCUCUGCCCUGCCUGACAUCAGUGUGUAAGCCUGUAAGGUAAAUGCCCUGAGAUGAAUCACCAAGGUACAUGGAAGCCGGCGGAUGAAGCACCGCCCGCAUCUCAGUCCAUUGUCAGUGCCUUGGGGGUCCCUUCCCUCAACCAUGAACCCCAAACCUCCUCCCAGUCAAUCACCAAAGAAUUCCAAUCGCCCACUGUACUCCGUCCCGGCGUCCCUUUCCCCCCCCCUCCCCGCUAAAAAGUCUGGUCAACAAGCUGCCUCCACCUUUUACCUCAAGUGCCAACCUGGUAGUGGCUUUCCCGAGAAAGAAAAAAAUUCAUUCACAAAAAAAAAAACUCGGGCCUCAGAUUUUAUUCCUGGGUCCUUUUUCUCCUCCUCUCCCACAACCACACAUAUCCUCUCUUCCUCUCUCUAUCCCUCUCCUCCACAAACCUUGCCCUACCGGUAUCCUUGUGGUCAUUCUUCCUCUGUUCACUCGUCCUGUUCGGCCGACACUUCUCUGUUCGCCAAUUUUCCAAUAGCGGACAUUUCCUACACGACCGGCGAGACCCCUCAGGCCAACAAUCAAGCCCUCCUCCAAUCGAAGCCUUGCGUUUACCGUCCUCCACGUUUUCUUUGGAUCACCGCAGCCCGAGCAUCUCCGGAGCGUCUCGCCUCGCUUGUCCCUACGCAACCCAAAAAAAAAACACUUCGUUGACGUGACCUCAACCCACCUUCCCCUCUUCGUUUACGAGGAACACAGCUUCCACCGCACCUCAGAUCAUCUCGCUCGCGCACCCGAUUCGACUGAUUCGUCAGUCCUCGCGUGCCUUCGUCCUAAGCUAGUUACCGCACUCGCCCGAAAUUUCUAGCCACCUUCCGGCUUCACUGGACCAGCAGCACCUGCUCGUCCCGACAUCCUUGCGUUUGCCUCAAUCUUCUACGACUUCUAACGACGUC